CAAUCCUCCACGGCAUUGGGGUGCACUAGAUCACGUUUCGAUGCGCUUCGUGGGUAUAAAAAGCUGCAGCACAUUUGGUGAGCGACAUUUAUCGAGCCUCAGGCCCACAAUGAAGCUACUGGUAGUCGGUCUUGCACUCUGUGCACUGUCAUGGGGACACAACCUCCCUAACCAGGAAUACCAACCUGGUGGCCAGUCCUAUUAUACUCAAGAUAUCCCAGACACCCAAGACUAUGUCCAGGGAGACAUGCAAGAUGGUGAGUUCCUUGGCGAAGAUGGAGGCGAUUCCUACCAGCAGCAAGACAAGUUUGAUGGUGGCGAUAUGGAUGAAGGAAUGGGGGAACAACAACAAGAAGACGCUCUACUCAGCUCUGAGGACGGAGCCAUCCCGGACGAAGAAGAAGGGCGAAGGGUGUACCUCAUGCACUUGGGUACAGAAGUGGAGGAGCAGAUUGCCGGGGAAUUUUAUGAAGCUCCAGGCGACAGCUUCGUGAAGAUGGAGGAGGUUCCACCGGAGGAUGAUGAGGACAUGGGGGGCCCCACAGAACAACACCACCACAAGUUUAAGAUCGGGAAGAGGAGUGCCGAUGACGACACUCUUAGCGAGCUGGAAGUCUUUCUGCAGCAGAAAGAGGAGGAGGGAGACAAAGGGGUUGGAUAUGGAGGCAGUGUAACGGUGCAGUGGAACAAUAAACUGCACGAACCUAUGAGUGUAACUUGUGGGGCUGGAUUCGCCCUUUAUCAUAUGCGGAGUGUCUUCAAUGCUGGAGCCCAAGACCGUCAGUUCCUCUUCGGCUGCAAACGAGUUGCACCUUUGUGCAUGCCUGGAAACAACUACGACCCGGCAAAACGUGUCUGCAAGUGGUACAAGAUGAACAACAUUGCAACAACUGGGCAAUACCACUGCCCUGGAAAUUACUAUUUAGCUGGAGUCCAGAGCAAAGCUACUUGCAAACACGACCGAGAGUGGCAUGGAAUGUGUUGCAACACGCCUCAUCUCUGCACCAGGUGCCGUUGGACUGGCUACCUCAAUGACUUCAAAGGAGGCAUCAGCUACACUGCCCCCGGAGUCUUUGGAGGCAUGAUCAGUAUAUAUAACUCAGCCGCCGGAGACCGCCGUUACCGUGUGAGUACCUGCACCGUAAGAGCCUGUUGAGUGUCAGUCACACUGAACAGAUUAAACUGAAACUGCCUGAGACUUGAUAAUUAUUAUUAUAGUUUAGCUACUUAACAUUGACUGUUUAACUGGCUGCAUGAACUAUGGUCUAUGUGUAUAUAAUGUUGGUAGUUAGCUAAUGAUGUUAUUCUGCUAAAUUCCGAUACGUAUGGAAAUUG